UGCCCCACCCUCACAAACACAGCGCUGUAACCUGUCAAAAUGAGGUGCAGGGAACAGCCGGGAUAACAGCUGAGUCAACACGGGAACGGACUUGUGAGACACAAACUGGACGAAUCUUCACCCCUGAAUCAGGCUUCAGCUCUGAGCAGUGAGUUCUCACUUGUGUGACACAGACAGGACGAAUCUUCACCCCUGAAUCAGGCUUCAGCUCUGAGCAACAUGAAGAGCCAAGCUGUGGCUGCAGAGACCGGGAGACAGGCAGGACAGGUGUGGGACUCAUUGAAGAAGGCUGCUUUUGUUCUGGGCUCUGGACUCUUCUUCUUGGUUGCGUUCAGGAACUCUGUCACUUGGCACCUGCAGCGGUUUUGGGGAGCGUCAGGGGAUUUCUGGCAGACACAGUGGGGGAAGCUGCACAGCCUCUUUGAAGGCAAUGAGGUGGCACUGUUCUUCCUGGGGACCAUGCUGGCUCCUACCAUCGCAUUCUGGUCUUUUAAUGCAAUUCUAAUGCUGGCCGACGCGACUGGAGUCCCUGCCUUCAUCACCCGCUACAGGAUUCAGAGGGACAGGAACAAUCCGGUUGAGCCAGUGAAGCUGUGGCAGGCUGUGAGGACGGUUCUGUUCAAUCAGUUCUGCCUCUCUGCUCCCAUGGUGAUGCUCAUGUAUCCCAUCAUGCAAUGGAGAGGAAACCCAUGUGGACCGGAGCUGCCUACCUUCCAUUGGGUGCUGCUGGAAAUCGUCAUCUUCGGGCUGAUAGAAGAGAUCAUGUUCUACUACUCACACAGGCUGUUCCAUCACCCAGCUCUUUACAAGCAUUUCCAUAAGGUGCACCACGAGUGGACAGCACCAAUCGGAGUGGUGGCUCUCUAUGCCCAUCCUGUAGAGCAUGUGUUAUCCAAUAUGCUGCCUCCCAUGCUCGGCCCCAUGUUAAUGGGCUCUCACAUUGCCACCACAACGCUGUGGUUCUGCAUGGCUCUGGUGAUCACCAGCAUAUCACACUGCGGGUACCACCUGCCCUUCCUGCCUUCUCCCGAAUUCCACGAUUUCCAUCACCUCAAGUUUAACCAGUGCUAUGGAGUGCUGGGGGUUCUGGACAGACUGCAUGGCACGGACACUGUCUUCAAGAAGACCAAGGCUUACGAGCGCCACACCAUGCUGCUCAACCUCACGCCUCUCUCAGAGAGCAUCCCAGACUCCCUGAAGCAGGGACAGUGAGCUGUGAGCCUGGGGAACAAUCACAGCUUCACAGCGCACUCACGCUAGAGGAUGUACAACCGUGACCAUGAGCUUUUAAAUUUAAUUUACAAAUCAAUAAGCUAGAGUUUAAACAGCAAUGCUUUGAGAACAAACUGCUGAUAUCUUUCUGGACCUUUCCAGUUCCUAGAUCUCAUGACUUUCUCAUAAUAAUAGUUACUUUUUAAAUGCAAUUUCUCUGUUGAUCCAUUAUGUAUGCUUUGAGUGUGUAGCAGUGUUUGUAUAAAUCAUAUCCUAAAUUGAGAUUUAAAGCACUUUGAUAAUUACUUUAUAAGCUAAAUAAACCAGAAAGCACUUACUUUAAA